CGCGGGAACAGCGGGGUCCGCUACGUGGGAAGGAGCGACUAGGACACUGAUGAUGGAUGCGCAGACCUGGCGCGCGGGCUGUUGCUGUCUCCUCCUUCUGGCUCUCGUUGGGUCUACUCGGAGCGAGGGCGUGCAGAGCUGCGAGGAAGUUCGGAAACUUUUCCAGUGGCGCCUGGUGGGAGCUGUCAAGGGGCUGCCGGAUUCGCCGCGGGCAGGACCUGAUCUACAGGUUUGCACGUCCAAAAAACCUACCUGUUGCACCAGGAAGAUGGAGGAGAGAUACCAGACUGCAGCUCACCAAGAUAUGCAGGAAGUCCUUCAGUCAUCCAGCUCCACGUUAAAGCUUCUAAUAUCACGAAACGCCGCUGCUUUUCAAGAAACCCUCGAGACUCUCAUCAGACAAGCCGAGAAUUACACCAGUAUCCUUUUCUGCAACACCUACAGAAACAUGGCCUUGGAGGCUACGGCUUCAGUUCAGGAGUUCUUCACUGACGUGGGGCUCUAUUUGUUUGGCACAGAUGUUAAUCCUGAAGAGUUUGUAAACAGAUUCUUUGACAGUCUUUUCCUUCUGGUCUACAAUCACCUCAUUAGCCCUGGUGUGACGGACAGUUCCCUGGAAUACUCAGAAUGCAUCCGGAUGGCCCGCCGGAAUGUUAGUCCCUUUGGUAAUAUUCCCCAAAGAGUGCUGGCACAGAUGGGGAGGUCGCUGCUGCCCAGCCGCACGUUUCUGCAGGCGCUGAAUCUGGGCAUUGAAGUCAUCAACACCACAGACCACCUGCAGCCCUCCGGAGGGUGCAGCAGAGCCGUCCUGAGGAUGCAGUACUGCCCUCUCUGCCAGGGCCUGACUCUCAGCAGACCUUGCCUGGGGUACUGCCUCAACGUCGCGCGAGGCUGCUUGGCACACACGGCGGAGCUGAGUCCGCACUGGCAUGCCUACACCCGCUCCCUGGAAGAGCUGUCGGAUGCCAUGCAUGGAACAUACGACAUUGAACAUGUGCUCCUCAACUUCCACUGGCUUGUCAAUGAGGCCGUGAUGCAGGCUCACCUCGAUGGACAAACGUUAUCGGAACAGGUCAGUAAGAUUUGUGGCCGUCCAAUCAGAGCAGCUACACAAAGCCCCCGUUGUUCUUUUGAGGGAAGCAAAGAGAAGCAUGGGAUGAAGAUCUCUCCAAGAAACAGUGAAGAGACACUUGCCAACAGAAGAAAGGAAUUUAUCAACAGCCUUCGGCUGUACAGGACUUUCUAUGGAGGCCUGGCUGACACGCUUUGCGUCAAUGAAUUAGCUGCUGCUGAUGGACUGCCAUGUUGGAACGGGGAAGAUAUAGUGAAAAGCUAUACUCAACGUGUGGUUGGAAAUGGAAUCAAAGCCCAAUCUGGAAAUCCCGAAGUCAAAGUGAAAGGAACUGAUCCUGUGAUAAAUCAAAUUAUUGAUAAACUGAAGCAUGUUAUUCAGUUGUUGCAGGGUAGGUCCCCGAAGCCCAACAAGUGGGAACUGCAGAUGGGCAGUGGCGGUGGCAUGGCGGAGCAGGUCAGCGGGGAGUGUGAUGAUGAAGACGGAUGUGGGGGGUCGGGAAGUGGAGAAGUCAAGAGGACCCUGAAAAUCACGGACUGGAUGCCAGAGGAGGUGAACCUCAGCGAUGUGAAGCAGAUCCAUCGGACAAGUGGAAGUAGUACUUUAGAUAUAACUGGAUCAGGAUGUUCAGCAGCGACCAACUUCAUGGCAUUUAUGCUGAUGGGUGCGGUGAUGUUACUUCCCUGGCUUUGGUAACUGAAUCCUUCCACCGUGAUACACCUGUCUCAUUGGUGUCUGGAUUUCCCCGUCUUCAUCUGACUGGAAUAAGAAACCUUUUCCAAUAUAACAAUUAUAUUUAUGAAGAGGCAUGUCACACUAAUUUCUUACAAGCCAAGGGGGAACAUUCACAAAUUAUCUAAAAAUGAUAGACUGUUUGAAAACAUGUCUUCUAUGAUUCUAACUUAAAUCUUCUUAAAUUCUAACACAUUAAUCCUGCAAAUGUGAAGAGCACAUAAGUGACUUUGAAUAAGAAGGAUUCAGGAGAUCUGUUAUUUUACCAUCCUCAAUUCUAAACUCUUUUCUUUAUAAAAGCAAAAUGUCUUAAAUUAAAAGUGUAUUUGCAGAACAAUGAAAACAGUAGUGUUUCUCAAAAUACUGGAAUUAGAAUUCCAUUAAAUGAAUCAAAACUAAUGAUGACAAGUAGUGUGCAUGAAUUUUCCAGAGAUUCUUCCAUUUUUUGCAAGCUAUAUGAAGAAAUUACUUGGCAUCUGUAAGUUAUAGAGUAGAUUGUUGAGGAGCAUUUCAUGUAAUUUCACUGAAGAAGCUUGAUAAGUUUUAUCCACUGUAACUUAGCCACUGACAAACCUUAGGUUGAGUAUUUUGGUAGCAUCUGAUCUGUAGUCUAUUAUAUUCAAAGUGCAUCUCUGGUAUCAUGGCUUUGUUCCCUCUCUUUGUCUAAUGAAUUUAGCCAUGUUGCAAACACACACCUGCUCUGGGAAUAUCUCUAAGAAGGCCAUUAGUUAUUUAGUAGAAAAUUUGUAAGUUGAUAUAGUCAUCCGUUCUCAAAAUAUUCUUUGCUACUUUUUAAAAAUCUUGAUAUUAACCAAUUGACUGUCUAUACAUGUUUAAGGUAUUCCUGGAACACCUAAAAGCAUGUACUCAACUGAAAAGGUAGCCUACAAUGCGUUAGCUUUCGCUCUUUUCCAUUUGCACGUUAGCAGAGCUGACAAUCCACAGUUCCCCAUUUCCCAGUUGUGAUAAGAUGUCUCAGCAGACCAUGAAUAGGACAGGUCUAUCAUUAUACUUAAGAAGAAAGCAAUAAGUCAGCUUUUAUUAAGAAGUGUCCCAUCCAGUUGACAGCCAAAAGAUGUUAUCACAAAGUGACAAUAGUGAAGAGAAGGGCUAAAUUUGUAAAAUUUUUAAAAAUCAGAAGGAUUUGAAAUGACCUCUGAGAAGAAGUCAAAGAGGACUCAAUUGACAGCAAAUACUUGCAAGGCAAAAUCAAUCUCUCCAAAUUAGGAAAUAUUACAUGAUCAAACCAUGUUCUCUCCUGAGUUCUAAGUUAACUAAAGGAUCUGACAAUGGUCAAUUUAAACCAUGUUAUGUUUAAACUGCCAAAUCAGAUUUUAUCAUCUGUUUAAACAUACCUCAGAACUGUGUUUUUCCAUCUGCCAAUUCUGGCUGUCAUUUUCCUAGGCUUCCAUUCCAACUCUUAAUGUUCAUUCCAUGAUCUACUUGGUUUACAACUCUUUUGCACCACCACGCUCCACAAAUUAUAAACUUAAACAUAUAUUUGGCUACUCUUUAUUUAAGCUCAGCUCAUUAUUUAAACAACUCAGACAGGUAAUACGAAGUCACCUAUUUGUGACACUUGAGUCCAAGCUGUGACUACUUUGCUCUGGCAAGACUUCUGCCCCAACCUUACAAGAAUUUGGAAGACAAACAUAAAGGUACGGUUCAGCAGACUUAGACAUUUCUGGAUUAAAUUCCAUCAGAGGAGAUAAUUUUAGAAAUGGCAGGAAAUGGAUAAAAGCAGAGUGGUUACAUAGUGAGUAGUAUGAAUAUAUUUUAAUCGGCUAAAGUUUACAUACUCAAAUGGGUGUUGUCUCCCUCUGGGUAGGCACUUUGGAAACCAUACGUAUCAUAGCAGCGCUGCUCUAGCUUCAAAUAUGUGGAGGCUUUUAGAAUUCCUUUAAGAGCCUGAGGUAUAUUGUCUAAUAUUCUCAAUGAGGAUAUUCAUUCUUUAAUGUUCCACUCCAGAGCACCGUACGUUUGCACAGCUCUUCAUAAUUUAAAAAGCUCCUUCAGAUGGAAUAAAGUAUCACAUUUGACCUUCCUCACCCUUCAAGAAUGGGAUCAAUUUUUAGCCAAAU